ACCAUAACAUAAUAUUCAAACCAAAACACAAACGAACCACUCUCGACAAACACACCUUUUUCUCAUCCCAGAUCGAAUGCAACUCAUACCCAACUCUAUCAUAAUCAAUAACCCUAGCCAUCCCACCAUCAUCCAAACCAACAACUAAUCAACUAUUAUCACAUCAUGUACUACACUUUCCAUAACACUCACACUUACUCAAAAUAAAAUAAAAAUUCUUGAAUCAUCCAACAUAGCCGGAGAAAGCAAACCAAAAUGAACUAAAAAAAAACUCACACUUCACAGUUCACACCACACCCCAAAACCUCCCAUCACACCACCCCUUUCCUUUCCCUCUCCCAAAACCAACCUGUAAUUCGCACGAACUGCAUCGAACUUCGUUCUCCCCCCUUUCUUUCUCUCUCUCUCAUUGGAUCUGCAAUUUUACCAAAUCCAUUCUUCAUUUUCUCAUUUUGAUCUCUUCUCUCUCUAUCUCCUUUCUUUGAUCCCAUCGAACUCACCCCCCAAAAAAACAAACAAAAACCUAACAAUUACACUGCAAAGAUUACAGUCUAAACAGUAGAAGAAGAAGAGGAGAAGAGAGAGAGAAUUGAAAACCCAUUUUAGUUCUCUUUCUCUCUCUACGUGGGUAUUUCUCCAUUUCUUUCGGAAAUGCCCUUACCAUGAGCAAAAUCCCUGAAAAAGAGGAACAACAAAUUCGACUAACAUCCACCCAAUUUCAACAACAACACCAAGAAGAAGAAGAACAAGAAAAAGAAACAUUCUACGAGUCUCUUGAUCGGAUCCUCUCUUCUUCAAAUUCCUCUACUUCAAAUUCUGAGGAUGAUAACGACACCGUUUUGUCCCCUCGGCGUAACAAAACUCAUCUUCAUCACCCACAACAGUGCAACAACAAUGGACAUCUCAAGUCUUGUGUACCUAAAUUACCAAUGUCGGUUCAAAACUAUGAUGUUUGGAUAUCCUCUGAAUCAUUUUCUCUCUCCUCACUUGAGCAGCGCCGUGAUCGCCUCCUCCGGGCUCUUGGGUUGUCCUCUGACCCGUCUUUGUCGCGGCGUAAAUCGUCUUCUGUUCGAUCUGUGUCGUUUGAUCAUCAUACUGUUGGGGGUUCUGCUGACCGAGCUGUCAAUUCAACUCAGGAUCAUCUUUCUGGGGGUAUGAACAGGUCGAAAUCGGAUCAAUGUAAUGUUUCUUCUUCUUCUUGUUCUUCUUCUUCAAUUCUUUCGGUUUCUGAUACUGUAAAUAGAGAUUGUAUAAGCAACAAUAAGUACAAUGUUGAUGUUGGUAAUACUAAUAAUGAUAAUAUUGAUAAUGUGGUUGUUGAUAAUUUGGUGAGUAAUGGGUGUAUUGGGUCGGUUUUAGUUUCGGGUUUGGGUGGUUUGAAUAAGGGGGAGGUGGGGGGAAGUGGUAGUCGGGAAAGGAUCGAUGAGAUAGAGGGGGAAUGUGGUGAUGAGAAGGGUGUGGUUGAUGAGAUUGAGGGUGAAAAAGUGUGUACAAUUAAGAAUCUUGAUACUGGAAAAGAGUUUGUGGUGAAAGAGGUCAGAGAAGAUGGGAUGUGGAACAAGGUUAAGGAGGUUGGGACUGGGAGGCAUUUGACUAUGGAGGAGUUUGAGAUGUGUGUUGGGAAUUCCCCCAUUGUCCAGGAGUUGAUGAGACGGCAAAACGUGGAGGAUCAGCUUAACAGUAACAAGGAUAAUGGGGAGUCUAAUGGGAAUGGUGACAAUGGAUCCAAGUCGAAGAAUAAGGUUAGCUGGCUAAGAAGUAUUAAGAAUGUGGCCAGUAGUGUUGCUGGGUACAAGGACAGACGUAGCAGCGAUGAUAGGGAUACCUCCUCAGAGAAAGGUGGUCGCAGAUCUAGCUCUGCUACUGAUGAUAGUCAGGACACAUCGUUUCAUGGGCCAGAGAGAGUUCGUGUGCGGCAGUAUGGGAAGUCGGUUAAGGAUCUUACGGCAAUGUACAAGAGCCAAGAAAUUAAGGCCCAUAAUGGGUCUAUCUGGACUAUUAAAUUUAGCCUAGAUGGGAGGUUCCUGGCAAGUGCUGGCGAGGAUUGUGUAAUACAUGUUUGGCAAGCGGUGGAAUCUGAGAGGAAAGGUGAGCUUUUGAUGGAUAGACCAGAUGAUGCAAGUUCGAGCCUGUUUUUCUUGACAAAUGGGUCACCAGAACCAAAUUCGGUUUCCUCUAGUUUGGAUAAUCUGUUGGAGAAAAAGAGGAGGGGAAGGCCAUCUAUCAGCCGGAAAUCUGUGAGCUUGGAUCAUAUUAAGAUUCCUGAGACUGUUUUUGGGCUGUCAGAGAAACCAAUCUGUUCAUUUCAGGGGCACUCAGAUGACGUGCUUGACCUCUCGUGGUCCAAAUCUCAGCUUUUGCUUUCAUCCUCAAUGGAUAAGACAGUGCGCCUGUGGAACUUAUCUAGCAAGACUUGUUUAAAAAUAUUUUCCCACAGUGACUAUGUAACUUGCAUCCAGUUCAACCCAGUUGAUGAUAGGUAUUUCAUCAGUGGAUCACUAGAUUCUAAGGUUCGCAUAUGGAGCAUUCCUGAUCGUCGAGUUGUUGAUUGGAAUGAUCUGCAUGAGAUGGUCACUGCUGCCUGUUAUACUCCGGAUGGUCAGGCUGCUUUGGUUGGUUCAUACAAGGGGAGCUGCCGCCUAUACAAUAUAUCUGAAAACAAGCUGCUACAGAAGUGUAAAAUCAACUUGCAGAAUAAGAAGAAGAAAUCCCACCUCAAAAAAAUUACUGGUUUCCAGCAGUUUGCGCCAGGGAGUUCUUCGGAAGUUCUGAUAACAUCUGCAGAUUCACGAGUGCGGGUUGUUGAUGGUGUGGAUCUGGUUCACAAGUUUAAAGGGUUCCGCAACACAAACAGUCAAAUCUCAGCUUCCCUCACUACCAAUGGCAAGUAUGUGGUAUGUGCCAGUGAAGAUUCUCAUGUGUAUGUGUGGAAGCACGAAGCUGAGUCCAGGCCUAGUCGAAGCAAAGGAGUCACAGUUGCACGUUCUUAUGAGCAUUUCCACUGUCAAGAUGUAUCUGUGGCCAUCCCAUGGCCUGGAAGGGGUGAAUUUUGGGGAGCCCAAGAUCUAUGCUCUGAAGAGCAAAUUGGAGUCCACCAUCAUACAGAUGAAGUCUCAACAGCCAAUCACCCUCCAACGCCGGUGGAGGAGUUCUAUGGUAACGACAGCUCUCCUGCAUCUGGUUGCAGUAAUAGUCCAUUUCGUGGUACAGUAUCUAGUGCACCCAACAGUUAUUUCUUUGAUAGAAUUUCAUCAACAUGGCCAGAAGAAAAGCUUCUUCUGGCCACUAAGAAUCGGAGUCCUCGUGUUAGUUUGGACUUUACCAACGGAAUGCUUCAAAACCAGCCUGCUUGGGGAAUAGUAAUAGUAACCGCUGGCCUCCGAGGGGAAAUCAGAACGUUCCAGAAUUUUGGAUUGCCAGUUCGGAUAUAAAUAUGUUUUUUUGUUCGCCUUUGUUACCAUAUCAUGUACAGGGAGAGUGUAAUAUUUAUGAGUUCCAUUUCUUGCUUGCUUGUGACUUAUGGUUGGAUGAAGUCUAGAAAAAAAAAAAAGCGUAUCCAACUUGUGAGCAUAGGAGGAAGAAGUACAGAUUUAUAUUGGAGGAAGGGGGAAAAAAGAGUUAAAAAAAAGAAGAGAGGAAAAAAGAACUUUACACCCUGAAUUUAGACAAGAUGGAUUUUUUAUGUAAUCCAAAAUUGUAGAGUUAUGCCACAAAGCUUAUUAUUGAAUUAAAUGAAUUCUUUCACAAAAUUCAUUCACAGUA